GUAUGGGCUUUUGACCCCUUUGCCUGUCCAGAUGGACGAACAGAACCAAAAAAAAUCUCUUUGAUUUAGGAAUUUGACAUUUUAUAGAAUUUGUUUGUAAAUAUUUUUAAUAUAAACUUUCCAAACAUACUAAUAAUAGAGAGCUUCCCAUAAUUCUCCUGUUAUAUCCAACAAGAGGCGCGAAGCCUAUGUUAAGAUGGUAAACAACUGCUGCGUUACAGGUUGCAAGCGAAACAGUAAACUACAUAAAAAUCUGAAUUUCUAUAGUUUGCCUAGAGACAAAAAGAGGCAAGAGCAGUGGUUAAUUGCAGCAGGAAAACAAGAUCUAUUAAAAUGUGAUUCAGAGAAGUUAAAAAAGCAUCUAAGAUUUUGUUCAAGACAUUUCAAACCUUCCGCGAUUGUUUUUAAACAUUUAAAAUCAAAUGCAGUGCCUUCUGAAAAGUUAGCUGGAAGUUUUGAUGAGUCUGACAAUGUGACAACAGUGCAUGAUGGUGUCAUAUGUGAUGUGUGUAAAGGAACCAUUGAAGGGUUCAGGUACAAAUGUGUCACAUGUGACAAUUUCGAUCUCUGUCAGAAGUGUGAAAUGCUGCAGUCACAUUCUCAACAUUGCAUGUUUAGGAUACCACACAAGUUAAAAUUUAAGCUUGCAGACGAAUUGUUAGAAAAAUGGCAGGAGCUUCUAGCAAAGAGCAACAUCACAUCAGACACGCUAGAAUGUAAGAUGGAAGACAUGUCCAGUGACGACGAUGAGCCCAUCACCAAGUAUAUCACCAACUAUACCCCAGAAAACUUAAGUGAUGAUGUUAAGAAAGAUAUACAGAAAGAAGUUUUAAAAGCGAUGAAAUCUGUGAAAAAGAAUAAGUUGAAGUCAAAAGAAGCGAAAGAGGUUGAAUUUAUGAAUGUUCCUGAAGUGGAAGAUUCUAAUAGUGUUAAAGAUUCGGAUUCAGUGCAGGUACCCGAGUUAGCAUUUGCGGAUGUGAGCAGCAUGAAACAAAUCACUCAGAAUGAUGAGGUGAAACUGGAAUCAUUACCACUUGUGUGUAUGGCCAACACAGCUGAUGAUAAUACAGCUCACCUACAACCUGUUCUAUACUUGAAGAUAAAUGAUGUGCUUACGACAUUGGUUAUUGGGGCUAGCUCGGAUAUGAUGUCACAAGGUCCGAUAGGAGAAAUUUCACAUACAGCCGACCCGGAAUUAAUAUCACAUACAGCUACUGCAGAUAAUAUAUCACAUGUUAAUGCGGAAAUAUCAAACACUUUUGGGGGUUAAUAAAUUAUGUUGAGAAUUAUAA